GCAUUGAGGAUGGACGAAAUAAAAUAAAAUAUGCUUUGUUUCUUUAAAAUUCCACGGUUCCGUAUUUUGUGGGUUUGGUCAAUGCUGAAAGUCCGGAUUUUCUAAAUAAAAUGUUGUGCGCUUUCGGUUUCCUACACACGGUUUUCAGUUCUUCGUGGAGACGCUUCCAACUGGAACUAAUCGGGUAGCAAAAUGGACGAGACUACGCCUCUUGUUAAAAAUCAUCCUAAAACCACAAGAAACACCAGGCUGUUCCUCGCAGUAUUUUCCGCAGUUCUGGGAAACUUUAAUUUUGGCUAUUCUAUGGUGUACCCAUCUCCAGUGAUACCCCAGCUUCGGGUCAUUGACGACCCUAACCUGAGGAUGGGUACAGAACAGGUGGCUUGGUUUGGGUCGAUCUUCACGCUGGGCGCCGCGGCGGGUGGCCUGGGCACCAUGCUGCUGAACGACAGGGUGGGCAGGAAGCUGAGCAUCAUGCUGUCCGCCGUGCCCUCCACCGUGGGCUACCUGCUGAUGGGUGCGGCUCGGGCGGUGUGGAUGCUGCACCUGGGCCGCUUUCUGACCGGCAUCGCGGGUGGCAUGACUGCUGCCUCCAUCCCUGUGUAUGUGUCAGAGAUCUCCCAUCCAGCAGUCAGGGGGAUCCUGGGAUCCUGCCCCCAGAUCACCGCUGUGUGUGGAUCCCUCGCGCUCUACGCUCUUGGUCUGGUGUUGCCAUGGCGAUGGCUUGCGGUGGCCGGGGAGGUGCCGGCACUCAUCAUGCUGGUGCUGAUGUGCUUCAUGCCGCGGUCGCCGCGGUUCCUCAUCGCCCAGGGGAACGAGGCCGACGCCCACCGGGCGCUCAGCUGGCUCCGGGGCCCGGGCUCCGACGUCACGGCCGAGUUCAGCAGGAUCCAGAGGAGCGUGGCUUCACAGAAAAGGAUAACAUGGGCAGAGCUUGGCACGCCGUUCUACUAUAAGCCCAUCCUGAUCGCCAUGGUGAUGCGGUUCCUACAGCAAAUGACGGGGAUAACUCCGAUCCUUGUGUACCUGGAGCCCAUCUUCCAACUAACCAAGGUCUCCCUGGAGGCAAAGUACGACGCCGCUCUGGUGGGUGCGGUGCGACUGCUGUCUAUCGUGAUCGCAGCCAGUUUAAUGGACAAGGCCGGCAGGAAGGCCCUCCUCUUCACAUCAGGAUUCCUGAUGUUCCUCUCAACCCUCAGCAUGUGCAUGUACACCCACGCCAGUUCUUUCCCUACCCUCAACAUCACCUCCACCCCCGCCUUGCACGCCACGCCCUUUGACGCCUCCAGCCUCAUCCCGCUCAUAAGCACCAUGGUCAUCAUAUUUGGCUACGCCAUGGGCUGGGGCCCGAUCACCUGGCUGCUGAUGUCCGAGGUCUUGCCUCUGGCGGCCAGGGGCGUGGCCUCGGGUCUGUGUGUGGCUGUCAGCUGGCUGACCGCCUUUGUACUGGUCCAUGUAUUCAUGCACGUGGUGGAAGCGUGCGGACUGUUUGUGCCGUUUCUGUUCUUCUGCGUGGUGUGUGUGAUCAACAUCAUCUUCACGGCGGUGUGUGUGCCCGAGACGCGUGGACGCUCCCUGGAGGAGAUCGAGAACUUUUUCCGCACCGGUCGCACGUUCACCAUCAGGGAGUCCUGAGAGCGAGUCCAAACAGAUACAGAGCACCCAUUCGUAUCCCAAGCUUUUCGCUGCUGUGUGCAGGGUGACAUUAAUGUGUUCUCUGCAUUGGGAACCUGAGGAUACCACAACCAGAAAAGUUGUAUGGUGUAUUGAUUUUUUUUUCUUUGGUUGAUGAGAACUUCUUUUCAGAAAACAUGCCUUUUACACUAAUACUUUUUCCAGGUUAGUUCAUAAAUAUCAGAUAGCCACUAGUGCUCAUGAAUAUACUGCAAUUACAAAGCUUGCUGCAUCAUUUAUAUUUAUUCUGCAUUCCUGCACAAAUAUGAACUGACUAAAGGAAAGAAUAGCGACAAAUGAAAGGCAAGUGAAUACCCAUGUAUUUCAGUUGAGACAAGUGAACAGUAAUACAGGAUGAAAACAGGAAUGUGCACUGAAAUACAUGUGCCCCUCCUAAUGGCACACAUUAAAGACCGGAUGCAAGGUUUGAAAAUGCAUGCCACUUGAAGGCUGUGAGGAGACUAAGAUGCAUGUGUUCUAUCGGAGCACUUCGACACACAGGACAUGUCCUCCAACAAACGGAGAGUGUCCUCCACCGGACGGGCUGAGUCUGGUCAGCCCUCCAUCCUGUAGAGAAUUUGUGCAUGAGUUUUAGGAUUCCCCAUCUCUUUCCUCAAUUCUACAUGUACACUCAGUGACCACUUUUAGGUAGACCUGUACACUGGCUUGUUAAUGCAAAUAUUUCAUCAGCCAAACAAGUAGCUGCAACUAAAUGAAAAGUAUGCAGACGUGGUCAAAAGGUUCAACGGUUUUUCAGACCAAAUGACUUCAACCUUGGCAUGAUUGUUGUGUGCCAGACAGGGUGGUUGAGCAUCUCAAAUUACUGAUCUCCUGGGAUUUUCAUGCACAACAGUCUCUAGAGCAGGGGUGUCAAACUCCCAGUGGGCCGCAGUGUCUGCAGGUUUUUGUGGUUGCCUUUCAAUCAGCUGUCAAUUAAGGCCUUGGGAACAAGGUGUGUGGAUUGCUUCGCCAAUUAAAGACUUAAAUGAACCACAGGUGCUGGGAACAACCUGAAAACCAGCAGACACUGUGGCCCUCCAGGACUGGAGUUUGACACCUGUGCUCUAGAGUUUGUAGAGAAUGGUGCGAAAAAAACAAAAAACAUCCAGUGAGCAGCAGUUCUGCAGGCAGAAACGCCUUGUUAAUGAGUGUAACUGGAGUAUUCUAGAUCUGUAUUUAGAGUGGCUACUUAUUAUGGUUUUGGGUUCUAGUUUCAAAUCCACUAAAGGCUAUGUUUGUACAUCUUUUUAUGAUCAUGCCCUUGUCUCCCCUCUAUGGUGAAAGGUUAGGAUGGGUGUUCUGGGUUAUUAAAUCAUGCUAGUUCUCUACUGAAAUAUGCCUGUAGAUAUCUUAUCAUUUACACUUUGUGCAAUCAAAUUAAUGGCUGCCCUGUUUAUAAUAAAAAAUAAAUGAAAUAACAUUCAUAUUA